AUGAGCGUGCACGGCGGUUUGCAGCGCCCCAGGAGCGCGAGCUGGAAAGUCGAGGCCAUUCGACGCGGCGAUCUGAAGAUCAGUGGGCCGAUGCCAAUCGAGGAGGAUACACCGCUAAGUGACGAGGAAGAGAGGAAUUUUGCUGAAAGGCGCGGCGAGAAGCGGCAGGAGGAUGCAUUAGAUGUACCCGCGCCGCAUCACCACACCAUACGACAGGUUCCCAAUUCGCAGGGAACAUUACGGCCAGAAGACGGCACAGGAGAGAUUGCUAUGAAAACGGUGAGCCAGGACCAGGACUAUGCUCGACAGGAACUGGAGCUCCACGACCAGCAUCCGGCUCGUUCGCCGCUCAGAUCACCGCUGGGGAUGCAUCCAACCGACGGCUACGUUACGAGUCAAAGGGAGAGUGUCUUUCAGUCAAGGCCGCAAACUCCGCCUACACCGUUCCGCGCGACGCCAGAGAGCCCCUCUCAGUCGAAUAUGACUAUCAAUGCGAAAAAGCAGAAACGCAAGAGCGGAAUCAGGAGUGUAUUUCGUAAAAUGUUUGGCCGUAAAGACAGUCGAGGCGAAUCACAGGAGCUUCCACGACAGCGCAUCGUGGAGCAGAACGAAGAGCCUUCGCGCAGAGGGCAUAGCUACCACCACAGCGAUCCCGGCAUGUUACAGAAGGCCCAUACAGCACCACCAGAACCUCUGACACCAAGUGCCCAACGAAUCUCGGAUCUGACUGUGAAGGAAUUGCAGCCUCCGCACCCGCUACAUUCCUUACCAUACCCAAUGAAUGUAAACGCGCCGCCAGAAAGCCCCCCACACGAGUAUCUCAGAUUCGACUUCCAGCGACCCGAUCCCGGUGCCCGGAGAGCAACAUUACCAAACAUGCCUGGUGGCAAAGCUCAGCGGCACAGUCUCGAUGAACCACGAGGCCGAUUGUCAACUUGGGAAGAGCGAGAGGAUGAGCCUCUACCGUCGCCAGGCAUUGGCAUCGCAGUAUCGAGCCCGCCUCAAGCGACGCAACCUUCCUCCCUGAAGGACAGGCGGAGGUCAAGAAGUGCAGGUGCUUUGCGAGAGCUUGCGAAGGCUCGUUUCUCCAGCGAAACCAAUCAGAGUAGGACCGAUGUGAUCAAGAGUUGGCGAGAGAGCUAUGCUUCAGGGAGUGUGUAUAGCCAGAACACAAGACCGCAAACCGCCAGGACAGUCGAGACAGUGCGAAGCGUUCACACCAAAGGGCCUGUCGUACAGGAAGCCGAAUCACUUCAUGAAGGCAUGAGUGCAACACUCGUCGGACCAGAAGAUUUGACGCCAAACGAGCAUACACCGCGCGCCCACGAGCCAACCACUCCCGAGCAGCCAGCCCCUCGAGCCCAGGACUGGGAAACCCCAGAACAUCCACCCGUCUCUGCCUUCAACUUCGGCGACCUCGAGCCCAGCAGUCCAAACGAGCACCCUGAAACUCUCGCGCAACUCGAAGGCCCAGCGACCACCUCGCGCAGCUCCAAGCGCCUCAGCGUAGAAGACCGUGUCCAACACCUCGAGGAGAACGUCCACAUACUCGAAUCCUCCCUGCACCGCAUCUCGCAGCACAACAGCCGGCAGACCAUCAUCCUCGAGUCCGCGCCCCGCAAUCUCAGAACAAGAACGAGAUCCACGUCCCGCUCUAUAAGCCAGGUCAGCAUCCACCAGCGCGAACCUCUCCCCGCAGCUGGCACCAGUGCGCCAACGAGCAACCUCAGCUUCGAAGCCAGUCCGCCCUCGCCGCCUCUGACGCAUACCGAGGACGCGGCACCCAUCACCGUCACGAAAAAAACCAGCGAUCUCGCGUCUCUCCACACGCUGCUGGACUCCGAGCGCACCGCGCGCCUCGCGCUCGAAUCGCGCGUCAUAGCGCUGCAGGACGAAGUUGCCACGCUGCAUAACCUCGUCAGUAGACUCGUCAAUGCGAAUUCGGUUGCAGUGACUAGCCCCAAGUAUCCUACGCCCAGCCCGGAUAGCAUUCGCGCCGGGGUCGAGGACCGUAUGCUCACGCCACGACAGGGGAGAUAUGAGGCAAGGAGACAGGGCACGGAUGAUAGUGAGGUGGUGAGCCCAGAGGUGUGGGCUACGCCGAAGGAGGGGAGCUUCGAAGAUAACCGCACUCAAUACUUUGAGGGUGCUACCAGGAUCUAA